ACAGAACCUGUUCGUUGGCCAUCUGGCCGAUACGGGAUACCAAAACCUGUAGCUGAGUGUCCUAGAGCAGGAGGGUUUCGCUGGGAGAAGGGAUGGAGAUAUCAAGACACAGAGGAUACUAAUUCGGCAAACUCAAAAUCACCGCAAUUUCACCUUGAUGGAGAGGUUCGAGAAGCAGGAAUUGCAAGAUCUUUCUGCAUGAAAACUUCAACAGCUGACGAUAGCAACAGGCCACACUGGCCAUCAGGUAAGAAAGUGACUAUCAUCUGACCAAAAAUAGAGAAACCCAUGAGUAAGUUACUCCCCUAAAUAUGUGUACGCAAAAAUGGGUCUCCUAAAAUUUGUUUUACCUUAAAUCUCUACCAAGUGUUACAAUAUCCACCUAUUUGUUUUUUCCAUUAACGUACAAUUCAAAAAAGCAAGGAAAAUAAGUAGAUUGCGAUUUUUUAGUUACUGCUCGAUGACACUUUGACAUUUAAUUCUAAUAAAAAUAAUGAAAUAAUAAUAAUUUUUUAUAUACAUUUAUAUAGCGCUAUAUAUAUUACUCUAUAGCGCUUCACAAUCUCGGAAAAAGAAAAUCAAAGAAAUGCAUAAAUAAAAAAUAGGUAUUUACAAAGAUAAAAAUGUAAAAUGUGUGGAAAAGAGGAAUAAAAUAAGUAAAUGGAUAAAAAACAAAAAUGCACAUUAUGUAUAUAACUACUGCAAGUAGGCCUCUUUAAAUAAAAAUGUCUUUUGCAAUUUCUUAAAAGUGUUGAUGUUCGUGCAUGUCUUGUUUGUUUAGGUCCCCCAUAGCCCACUGAUCAGAGCCCAUACUUCUGUUCCUAUAUCACUUUUUUAUGAUAAUGUAUGUUAAACAAACUCGACGUCUCUUACGCAAUUACACUUAUUUCUGUUACGAAGUAGUUAUUGAUGAAAAGAGGAAAAUUAACAUGUUGCAUUAGAUUUUUCCAUAGUACCUUCAACGUAACUUAUUUGAAUGUUUUUUUCUCUGCAGGGCAGUACUGUAUCUACAAAAAGCGAACCUGCCCUCCAGAUCUAGAGUCAGGUUACGUCUACUGGGAUGACGAAGACGACGAUAAUCGUAAUGAUAAAAGGGGCAUUCUUCCUACUGGCAAAUAUGGAAAGAACACCAAGAUUUACUUCUGCUGUGCGACGAGUGGAAACAAAACUGAUCCCAUUAUCAUCCCCGCUAAAGAUCCAUUCUUCCUGCUGGCCUAUGGGUCAAAAAAAUGUCAGAUGGUCAAAUGGGCGGUUGCCAGUGUGGAGCGGAUACGUUAUCAUACUGAAGACAGGAACAACAAGGAUAAAAGCUAUGGGGCGUACCCUUACAAUGCUGGAACAAAGAACCCAACCAUUUACUACUGUUAUUACCGUGGUGAGCAAUCACACUCAUGCAAACAUCUUUCAGCUAUCAUAAUUGCAUUUGAAUUGGCAAUGAAUAGCGAGGGUCUUUAUUUUUUAUUGCAAAUUUAAGAAGCACUCAUGAGGAGAGGGAAUAAGGCUAAUUUUGCCGUCGUACCCGGUUAGAACUUGCGGUUAUUGUUCACCAAAGAAAUUUCUUAGUUGGAACAGCAUAUUGACCAUUAAACAGGAAAUAUCAUUUUACCGUCUCUCAAUGUACACGUCUCGAAUGUAUACGUCUCUAAUGUCACACACUUAACUCCCACAUCAAUUUUUGUUAACUCCAUUUAAUCCUAUUUCAGGAUGCAACAAAACUCUUACAUCUAUAAAUGGUACUUUCCAUUCCCCAAACUACCCAAGAACAUAUCCAGAUGGACAGUACUGCUCCUGGAGAAUCACAAUCAACCAAACACAACGAAUCCGUAUGACAUUCACAAACUUUAGUUUGCAGUACGAGAGUGACACAGACGAAUUAUAUGUGUAUGAUGGAGAGAAUGCUACAGGGAAGAUAUUGGGGGUGUUUUACGGAGCUCAUCCACCCCCAGAGGAAGGAAUAUUUUCCUCGUCUAAUCAUCUAUUUGUAAUGUUCAGAUCAGAUAGCAAAGGCUCGUACGCUGGAUUCAAUGUUUCUUACUACGGUGUUAGUUUUCCAAGUAAGUAUUCCCUAAUUCCGUGAACCUUUUGUAUCACAUGAUGUAAGUUUCUUGCACUAUUUUCUCUAAAUAAGACUGAAGGAAUACGUUCUUCUCCAUGGUUAAUAGACAUGCUAUGUUAACAUUAGAUCGGAGAUGUAUUGAAAAGACUAUUUUGCAAUGCCGAAUUACGAUUUCCCUCAUAGCUACCCAGACAACAGAGAUAACACACGUUUCCACACGAAAAACACAACAUCUGACGGAGAGCCGAAACCUACAUCUGAUAAAUUAUCGAAAAAGGGUGGAGUUGAAAGCGGAGAGAAGCAACCACAAAGACGAGGUAAAUACUAAAAGGUGACAAAUUUAUCUUCACAGGUUAACUACUAUUUAUGUUACGGCAGAAGGAGAGGUCUGAAAGGAUCCAGGGAUCAGGCUGUUUAGAGUUUGUGUUUUAUUCAUCUGUAACCCACAAUUAACCUGCAAUCAACGAGUAUAUAGGUGACCAUACUAGGUCUUAUAGGAGCUGUUAUAAUAAACCAAAAAAAAAACAAACAAAUAAACUGUUUCAAAGGAGAGGUUCCGCCAGGACACAGCUUUUUGUGUAGCUAAUUCUACAGUCCUAUAUAGUUAUACUGAUCUACCUUGUACAGGUGUGAAUGUAGUAGCCGUGGUCAUUCCCGUGGUGUUGGCCGUCUUGCUUGUUUGUAUGGGUUCAGCUGUCCUCUUUCAUAUCACACGGUAAGUAUUCACUUUGAAAAGCAUGUCAUACCACUAGAAAUUUUAUUUUGGCUUUUCCUUGAUUUCUGAAAUAUCGAAGCAGAUCCGAUUAGAUGACGUUCUUCGUGUGCUGGAAAUCGUUGGCUUCACAAAACCCUAAGAAGAAUGUUUUUCGUCUUGUCACGAGUGUGAGACAAAGAAAUUAUAUCGAGUCCCUACAAUGACUAAAUCAAACAUCAGACCUUCGGAUUCCGCGCUGCGAUGCUCUACUACUGAGCCACAGAGACUGUCGUUUUCUUUGUCCCAUGCUUAUGACAAGACGAAAAACAAAUUUCUCUAUUUCUUUACCGCGCUCAAAAUUUUAUCAUCUUUCUAAUUCUAUUUACAAACAAGACGCUAUCAACAUAGCUGAUCCUAGCAGUACAUGCUGGAUGCGUGAACUUCGUAAUGGCCUUGCUCGCUAUAGAAUGUCUAGUAAGGGAUGUCAUAACUCAUGUAAAACUAACAGAACCGUUUGUUCAAUUUUAAGGUCAAGGAAAGCAUCAGCCGUGUCAACUGAAAAUCCGAAUUAUGAUAGGUGAGAAUCACAUAUACAUUCGCACUGAACAUUCAACCACUUAAUUUGUAAGGUCAUUGGGUGCUUGUUAAAUUAACGUUUCCUACGAUUCAUGAUUAUAGUUUUCACUAGGCUGUAUUUGAUAAAAGGCAACGAACUACUGAUUUCAAAACAUUUCAAUGAUAAAUCACCUUAUUAUCCAACUACACAAAGUAGAGUACAAAUAACGCGCGAAUAGAGUACAAACAUCCUGCGACACUGUACGAUUAUUUAGACAGUUGGUUAUUUUGUACUAUAAAAAAACCUGUUUAACCAGUCGGCUGCGCGCUACGCUUCUCUAUCCGCUUUGCUUUCCCCGCCCAAUGAGAAACGAACAGGAAUACUUGGCAGAAAAAAAAAGCAGUUGGAUAGUAAUAAAUUACUAGACGUUUGGGUGUGUAGUAUCGCUAGAUAUUUCAUAUUCGUUGUUUGCAUUUUGACUCGCUGUACGGGCUCGCCAAAAUACGGCAUAACUCGUGAAAAUACUCAGCGAUACUAUACACCAAAACGUCAAAUGAGAUAUAUUUACUCUAUUACGGUAAAAUGUUGAUUUCCUCUCUUGAAACCUUAGCUCUAUAGAAGGUAGUCAUCUUUCAAGAUGAGUGCAAUAAUCUUUUGCGAAACUAUCUGGAAUAAGUAGUGCAGUGUAAUAAUUUUCAGCCUUUUUCAAACAGAAUGAAUCAACUGAUGAACGAUUUCUAUAAUCUGGUCUGUUUCACUAUAUGAUAACUAUCAACGUAUGACAUUCCAUACUAACAAAACCAAAACCAAAACCCACAUUGAUUGAUAUCGCCGUCAUCAUCAUCAUCAUCAUCAUCAUCAUCAUUAUUUUCCAAGUGAUACAUUCGAUGACGAUUAUGAAUUUGUUAAAAUGCACGAUGUUAAUAACUCAUUGGUUUACUUUGCAGCACCUUGGUUACUACAAACACAAAUGAAAUUAAUGGUUUAGACGGAAUUGAAUUGUACGCCGAAGUUAAAAACCAACACGACGUCGAUGAUAGUGGGCAACUCUGUUGUGGAAAAGAAAAUGAAAACCCUUCGUAUGAGCCUGCAAAAUCACCCGACGCUGCUGUGGUUAACCCCAUCUAUGAAAGGUCAGUUUUAAGUCGGAGUGAGAGACUAGUCAUUAUUCAUCACCUGGGGGAGGGAGGAUUUCUGGAGGAUCACAUGAUUUUAAGGGGAAAGGAGGGGGAUCAGUCGUCGCCAACAGAGCAAAAAGGGGAAGGACUAUAGAAAAUUGACUGACAUAACCAAGAUCCUCCAGCCCUACCUCCCCCCCCCCCAAUGAUAAAUAAUGUAAAUGAUGACCAGUCCCUUAAUGAUGUUUUUUCCGUUUUUCUCUGAGGGCAUCCAAACUUGCUGAACAGGUGUAGAUUUACUAUUUUGAAUUUUAAUUGACUUCCUAUACUUUUCUAUACAACAUUUUAAUGGCUACUGCCUCCAAAAGGAGGCGAAGCCCCAUGCGUCGUAGAGAUGAUUAGCUAGUGAGCGAGUGAGUGCAACAUUGGAAUUCCGAUCUUGACCCAAUUUUGACCCGAUGUUUCUCCGUGCUACUUUUACCUUGAGUCAUUCAACAGAGUAAUGGAACGGGAAGGGUGGAUAGCGAAAUGUCGGAAUAUCUUGAGACGCGGAAUGACGGAAUAUCUAAAACGCUGAUGACUUUUUGUCUAAAAGUCUAAAAAAAUGAAAUGGCAUUAAAAUAAGAAAUCAUUCAUUAAUAACAGACGAAAUUAAAAGAAGCAUGGGCAAUCAUUGUUGGAGCCCAGAAGAUAAGGAACCAUAAGGUUUUCGAGCUAGCUCCUUUAAAUUAUUAUAAUUUAACUAUUGUUAUAAUUAUUGUUAUUGUUAAUAUUAUUAUUUGUUACCAUGCAAUUAUUGGUUGAGUGUCUUGAAUCAUCUUUCUCUCGUGGAACAGAGUACUCAUAAAAAUGUGGAAUGCAGUAGGUUUUCUGUUUUGCAUGUGUGACAAAUCUUCUGCCUUGUAGUAUCAUUAGACAACCUCGAGUUCUUUAUAGUGCUACAAAAGUUGUGCUAUAUCAGUAGCCACAUACAGUCUUUGACUGUCUAUUUUUUGCGAUGCCACUACGUCUUCAAAAUACGUGAUAAUUCACGAAGUGUUCAUGCUUCAAUUUUAGGUGAUUUCAUACUCCAAUUAAGUUAUUUACUAAAAUCAUGAAUCAGCUACAUUCAAGACAGACAGUUAGAGAAGAUGAAAGAAGAGUUAAGAUUUAAGAGUUAAGAGUUAAGAGUUAAGAGUUAAGAGUUAAGAGUUAAGAGUUAAGAGUUAAGAGUUAAGAGUUAAGAGUUAAGAGUUAAGAGUUAAGAGUUAAGAGUUAAGAGUUAAGCAUUGCACCCUUUUUUCAGACUAGGAGCCUCUACAAACGUAUACAUGAGAUCCUACUCGGCGUGUUGCGCUAGUACAAACUUACAGCUGAAGGCGAUACUGCGCCGCAGUAAACGGGAGAUCCCCUGAAUUACAUCAUAAUAAUUUGCUUAUUAUCAUAUCAGAAACAGAAUGACGGAGUUUUCAGCAGAUGACUUGUACAGUGAGGUUAAAGAGCAACAAAAUUGUGACGAAGUACCUUGUAUGGAUUACGAAAAUGAAAACCCGCUUUAUGAAUCUGCUGCCUCUGACGAUAUCCUAAUGGUCAACCCCAUUUAUGAC